CCCGCUCAAACAAAUUCAGUGUUUUUUUAGAACAACGACAAUUUAGUUGAAAAGAAUUUCAAAAGUUAUGAAAUGCGAAAGAAAAAACCCAUAUUUUGUUUUUUUUUUGAAAAAAAGUGGUUGAAUUUUUGAUUGGAUGGAUUCGUUUUGCUGUCGCCACCCAUUACGACUUCUUCUCCGUUUCUUGCAAUGAUCGUCGUCCGACUCUCUUUCUCUCUCUAGAUUCACACUUUCUUCCCUUCUGUCUCUAAAAAAAUACUGCGAUGGCUUUGACCGUUCUCUAUUCUUGUUCUCUCCCUCUUACACGCUUCUCCAACUACUAUUUUCGCUUAAGAAAUUUGCCCAUCCGGCAGCAGACUUGGUCUAUUUGUUCUUGUUGUUCUUCACGUACACUCUGUUGUUUCGUCUGUGAUGCUCUGUUAAUCGAUAGAGAGAGUUUUGUAUCGGUGCGAGUUAGUGAUUGAGUUUCUACUGGAUUUUUGAUCUUGGUUUAGUGUUUUUGUAGCUCGUUUGGCGAUUUUGUGAAUGCGUUGAUGAUUGGGUUUGUGCUGAUUGUUAAAUCAUGGCGUCGGAUUGGCCGCUCUUGAUUGUAUCUCCAAGAACGCCCAAAACUACAUCUCACGAUCUACAAAAACAGGAGCCGAACCAACCUGGAUUGUUCUUCGCCAUGAAUGAGAACUUAGCGAGUACUGAACUAGGUCACCGCGCUUUCUCGCGGCGAAGUCAAUCGUCGCUACAAUCGAAAUCCUCAAUUCGCGAAGUGAGUUCUAGUGAUGAUUUUGGAUCGAGGCCUGUUCGUCAUGGUUCUCGAGGUGCCGAUUCUGAAGCACUGAGCUUAUCACAGAAGGAGAUCAAUGACGAAGAUGCGAGGUUGAUUUACAUCGAUGAUCCUGAGAAGACGAACGAGAAGUUUGAAUUCGCUAGAAAUUCGAUUCGCACCUGCAAGUAUUCGAUUCUAACUUUUCUACCGAGAAAUCUGUUUGAACAGUUUCAUAGAAUUGCUUAUAUAUAUUUCCUAGCUAUUGCUGUUCUUAAUCAACUUCCCCAGCUUGCCGUUUUUGGUCGAACAGUAUCUAUUUUGCCUUUAGCUUUUGUGCUUCUUGUUACUGCUGUUAAAGAUGCAUAUGAGGAUUGGAGAAGGCAUCGUUCUGAUAAGAUUGAGAACAAUAGAUUAGCUUCAGUUUUGGUUGAUGGUCAGUUUCAUGAUAAGAAAUGGAAGGAUAUUAGAGUUGGUGAGAUAAUUAAGAUUGGUGCAAAUGGUACCAUUCCUUGUGAUAUGGUGCUUCUUUCUACUAGUGAUUCCACAGGGGUUGCUUAUGUGCAGACCUUGAAUUUGGACGGUGAAUCGAAUUUGAAAACGAGGUAUGCGAAACAGGAGACGAUGUCUAAAAUGCCCGACAAGGAGAAGAUUGUUGGGUUGAUUAAAUGUGAGAAACCCAAUAGGAAUAUCUAUGGAUUUCAUGCUAAUAUGGAGAUUGAUGGGAAACGACUUUCGCUUGGACCUCCAAACAUUGUUCUUCGAGGCUGUGAGCUCAAGAAUACGAACUGGGCGGUUGGCGUUGCUGUAUAUGCUGGCCGUGAGACCAAAGCCAUGCUUAAUAGUUCUGGAGCUCCGUCGAAAAGAAGUCGACUCGAGACUCGUAUGAAUGUGGAGAUUAUUAUGCUCUCUUUCUUUCUCAUUGCUUUGUGUAUAGUUGUUUGUGUUCUUGCUGGUGUUUGGUUCUUUAGAAACAGGGAAGAUUUGGACGUUUUGCCUUAUUUCAGGAAUAAGGAUUUCUCAAAAGAUCCACCUGAAACCUAUAACUAUUAUGGAUGGGGAUUGGAGGCCUUUUUUGUAUUCCUCAUGUCAGUCAUUGUGUUUCAGAUCAUGAUCCCUAUUUCACUUUACAUUUCGAUGGAGCUGGUUCGUGUUGGCCAGGCUUAUUUCAUGAUCAGAGACGUUCAAAUGUACGAUGGAACAUCGAAUUCUAGAUUUCAGUGUCGAGCUUUGAACAUAAAUGAGGAUUUAGGACAAAUAAAGUAUGUUUUUUCAGACAAAACGGGUACUCUUACUGAGAAUAAGAUGGAGUUUCGAUGUGCUAGCAUUUCGGGGGUCGAUUAUGCAGGUGAAAGUACCGGCCCCCUCGAUGAGCAGAUUGGAUACUCGGCUCUAGUGAAUGGAAAGGUUUUGAGACCGAAAAUGGCUGUCAAAACCGACCCCGAGCUUCUACAGUUAUCAAAAAGUGGAAAGCACACCAAGAAUGGAAGAUAUAUUCAUGAUUUCUUCCUGGCAUUAGCUGCUUGCAAUACCAUUGUUCCUCUUAUUACAGAAACUUCUGAUCCUUCAGUGCAAUUAGUUGACUACCAAGGGGAGUCCCCAGAUGAACAGGCAUUGGUUUAUGCUGCUGCGGCAUACGGUUUUAUGCUGAUCGAACGAACCUCUGGUCAUAUAGUUAUCGACAUACAUGGUACAAAAGAAAGAUAUAAUGUUUUGGGAAUGCACGAGUUCGAUAGCGACAGGAAGCGGAUGUCGGUGAUAUUGGGAUGUCCCGAUAUGUCCUUCAAAGUAUUUGUAAAAGGUGCUGAUAACUCCAUGUUCAAGGUGAUGGGUGGAAAUAUGAACACGAGUAUCAUUCAAGCCACUAAAGCUCAUCUUCAUUCAUACUCAUCAAAGGGUCUCAGAACACUGGUUAUUGGGAUGAAAGAACUCAGUUCUUCUGACUUUGAUAAAUGGCACUUGAUGUUUGAGGAAGCAAGCACUGCUCUGAUCGGCAGAGCAGCUAAGCUUCGCAAGGUUUCCAGUAGCAUAGAAAACAAUUUAUCCAUAUUGGGGGCCUCUGGCAUUGAAGAUAAGUUACAAAAAGGUGUUCCAGAAGCUAUAGAAGCUUUAAGAAUGGCAGGCAUUAAAGUAUGGGUUUUGACUGGGGAUAAGCAAGAAACAGCCAUAUCAAUAGGUUACUCCUCCAAGCUCUUGACAAACAAGAUGACCCAAAUUAUCAUUAACAGCAACUCGGUUGAUUCAUGCCGAAGGAGUUUAGAAGAUGCAAUAAUUAUGUCGAAAAAGCUUGCUACUGCGUCGGGGGUUACACUGGAUAGCGAAGGACGUACCGAAGCUAUAACGGCUUCGGUUGCGUUGAUCAUUGAUGGUAGCAGCCUUGUUCAUAUUCUUGACAGUAGACUUGAAGAACAGCUUUUCCAACUAUCUUGUCACUGUUCGGUGGUGUUAUGCUGUCGAGUUGCUCCAUUGCAGAAAGCUGGAAUUGUUGCUCUUGUCAAGAGAAGGACUUCUGACAUGACACUUGCCAUUGGUGAUGGCGCAAAUGACGUGUCAAUGAUCCAAAAGGCGGAUGUGGGUGUCGGUAUCAGCGGUCUAGAGGGUCGACAAGCUGUCAUGGCGUCGGAUUUCGCCAUGGGGCAAUUUAGAUUCUUGGUUCCUCUUCUACUGGUACAUGGACAUUGGAAUUACCAGCGCAUGGGCUACAUGAUCUUGUACAACUUUUAUAGAAAUGCAGUAUUUGUGCUUGUUCUCUUUUGGUACGUGCUCUUUACGGGUUACUCGUUAUCGACCGCGAUCAACCAAUGGAGCAGUGUACUCUACUCUAUAAUCUAUACUUGUUUGCCCACAAUCGUUGUUGGAAUUCUUGACAAAGACUUGGGAAGAAGGACCCUUCUUAGUUACCCUCAACUCUAUGGGGCAGGCCAUAGACAAGAGAGCUACAACUCUGGCUUGUUUUGGUUAACAAUGGUUGACACUGUGUGGCAAAGCAUUGCUAUUUUCUUCAUCCCCCUCCUUUCCUUCUGGGCUACCACUGUCGACAUUUCAGGCCUCGGAGAUCUCUGGCUACUCGCUACGGUCAUCGUCGUCAACUUACACUUGGCAAUGGACGUGUUUCGAUGGUAUUUCAUCACCCAUGCCGUGAUUUGGGGAUCCACUCUCGCAACAGUCAUUUGUGUCAUUGUUCUUGAUUCGAUAUUGUCGCUUCCCGGUUACUGGGCGAUAUAUCACGUGGCGGGCAGAGCAUCUUUUUGGCUAUGUUUGUUAUCGAUCAUCGUUGUAGCGUUACUUCCUCGGUUCGUCGUAAAGUACCUUUAUCAAUAUUAUAGUCCAUGUGACAUCCAAAUAGCAAGAGAGGCUGAUAAAUUUGGAAGAAUAAGAGAGAUGGGAGUUGUACAAACAGAGAUGAUCCCAGUCCUCGACAAUCCUUCACAACUAUUAUGACAUAAGUUGUUCACAAUUCUUUAGGCUGCUCCACAAUAAUUCUCCUGUUGCCCUCCAAAGGGUAGGAAUGUAAUUUAAUUUUUUUCAAUUUUUUUUAUUUAAUAUAUCUUUGUUGUUCAUAAUUGAGUAAAUAAUUAUUAUUC